AUGGAGGAUAACAUUGAUGAACUAGAGAAUAACUUCAGACUCGACCCAGACUCAGAUUCAUUAGAGCAAGCUCAGGCUAAAUUUACAGACUUCAAGUCUAAUUUUGAGCAAUUGGCCAAGUACACGCACCAGAGUAGUAGUGAUUAUGGUAGAAGUGAUUCUGGGAACCAAAAGAGAAUCUGUGGCCUCAUUGAAAAAGAACUUCUUGAUAUAGUAAACCUCUAUUCUGAAGACAGAAAAGUCAAGAGUAAACAGAUAGAUAAACUAAAAAGAGAUAACAAAAAGCUAAAGGCUCUUGUAGCUGAUUUUAAACGAAAUUCCAGUAGAAGAAAUGCUAAUCAAAGUUUGGAGCCUGAUCUUGUAAAUAGAAUUGUCAAGCAAGAAGUUGCUAAGGUAAAUAAACAGUGCCUACAGGAGAAAGAUGCUCUAUCUUGAAGCUACUCUGAAGAACUUCAGAGGAGAGAUAGACAUAUCUCCAUUUUGAAGGAAUCAAUUCAUCACCAAGAAAAUGAAAUAAAACAUCUGAUAAACGUUAUUGGGAAUAGUGACCACUGACAGUGAAAAUAAAAUUCAACAUCGAGAUAAGAAGAUGAAGAGGAGAAUUAGGAAUAUGAAUAAGAUGUUCAAAGAUUUAGAUAAAGUCCUUCAUAAGAAAGUGGAGGUAGAAAUAGAAAAUUCAGAAGAAGAGCUGGAAGAUCUUAUGCAAGUUGAGUGUAGAAUUAGACAGCAUACUCCUGAUUGAGGAACUACCCAGAAAGAAACUCCUAACCAAACAGAUGCAAGUGAGCCACGAGGAGUUUUUAAAGGCUUAAUUACUCCGUACAAAGCUAAGGGAAACCACUAUAGAGACUACUUAGAUAACAAAAAUCUUUAUAAAAGCAAUACUGAGGAUAAUUCUGCUGAAUUAUUAUAUGGAAGAAAAAGAAUACAUGAAGGAAUUGGGCGUCCACAUUGGAGCGGAAUGAAGCAAAAUGCAUCUACAAGUAGAAUCUCUGCAUGACAAAGACUUGAUUGAGAAAAAGCAGAAGUAUUAAUGGAUAAUGGAUCAAGGCAUCUCGUUCAAAAAUAUGCUCAUAAUGAAGAAAGAAAUAUUUAGGAGAUCUGUAAAUUAUUUAGAAGAAGUUCAAUAUUAUGCAAGACACCAAGACGAUAGGAGUUCUUCUAAUUAUCUUACAUUUAAAGAAAGGGGGACAGAAUCUCGCUACCAAACGGACUCCCGCUCUUCCCGCCCAAAAGUAUUAACUAGUAAUGCUUCACAUCCAGUGACACCCAGGAUAACCUCAUAUAACACAAAACCUAGCCACACAAACAUCGAAAUAAAUUGAAUCUCUUUCAGAUAA